AUGGCCCCCCUCCGCCGCUACCUCCGCAUAACCCCCUCCUCCGUCCUCGAAGUGCGCAUCUACCCGUCCCCUCCCGGCCCGUGGCUGCUCUCGACGCGCUCGCUGCUGACGCGCGUGUUGGCUGCGGUGAGGCCGUUGAUCUUGCCGAAGUUGAGGGAGGAGAAUGAGAGGGUCAAGGCGAGGGGGAGGGGGAGGGGGGUGAAGGAUGUUGUUUCUGGUGAUGGUUUCGAAGUCUCGGUCUUCCUCACGGAGACGAGUACAAGGCAUACAGUCCUCAAGAGGCGGAAGAUCUUCCGGGAACCAGAACGAAAAGAGGAUACGAACCCCGAUGCCCCCGCCCCUCUACUGAGAGAGGAAGACGGCGACGACGACGUAGUGAUCCAAGACGUCCCCCCCGAAACUGAAUCCUCAAACCAACCCCCACCAACCCGCCGCUCCAAACGCACACGCCCGACCGAAGACACAGAUACCCUCUUCGUCGCCGACUCCGACGCUUCCAUCUCCUCCGCCUCAGACUCCGAUGCUGGUGCCCCGCCGGCCAAGCGCGCGCGCUCAGCGGCACCACUGGGGGGAGCGGAGGAAGAGGAGCAGGACGAGAAGAAGAUGGCUAUGCGGAGUGAGUAUGACGGAUACGGGAUUUAUGGACGGGUGUUGUGCUUGAUUGUUACGAAGACGGCGGUUAAGGAUGUGGCGGGGAUGGGAGGGAGGGAGGUGAUGGAGGAGUGGAUUGCUUCGACGCAGAAUCCGGCGGGGGAAGCUACUUGA